UCUUCCUAGAUUCAGUUAACUAGCCAUAAUUAUUUAUCCGGAGUGUCGAUCAUUAAAAAAGAAUCAUAAAUCAAUUAGGAGUUGGUGCACUAGGAGCAGGCCAUGGGUAACGAAACUUCUCUACCCAUGGAGCUUUGCUCUAACUUCGAUGCGGAUGAGAUACGGCGUCUCGGAAAACGUUUCAGAAAGCUGGACCUGGACAAUUCGGGCGCCCUGAGCAUCGAUGAGUUCAUGUCCCUUCCGGAAUUACAGCAGAACCCCCUCGUUCAACGCGUAAUUGACAUUUUCGACGCAGAUGGUAACGGUGAGGUCGAUUUUAAAGAAUUCAUCCAGGGUGUCUCCCAAUUCAGCGUGAAAGGCGACAAACUCUCGAAAUUGAGAUUUGCCUUUCGAAUUUACGACAUGGAUAACGAUGGGUACAUUUCUAAUGGCGAACUCUUCCAGGUCCUAAAAAUGAUGGUCGGCAAUAACCUUAAGGAUACCCAGCUGCAGCAAAUCGUGGAUAAAACUAUAUUGUUCGCAGAUAAAGAUGAGGACGGGAAAAUUUCCUUCGAGGAAUUCUGCAAUGUUGUCGGUAACACCGACAUUCACAAGAAGAUGGUCGUAGAUGUUUAGAUCGUGCGAUCGUCGAGUUCAACUUGAAACCUAAUCUUUUAGUUGUUGCGAAUAAAUCAAAAUUCUGUCGUUUUGGUUCGUACUACACGUUAGAAACGCUUCGAAUAUAUCGGUGUGCACGGUUCACGGGCAAUUUUAUGGACCGUGUAUCACUCGUUUUCUCACUGCUUUAGUAUAAACAUCACUUCCUUUCUUUAGCGUUAGGAUCAAGUUGACUCUUGUUAUGUUUGUAGUUUAUUUAAAUUCGCUGUAUAAAUCUAAAGAACAGCUCAUAUUGCAUGCGUUGCGCUUUCAUUUUAUAAAAAAUAAAAUAUAAUGUGUUUUGAAUAGUUGUUCUUUAUACUUUUAAUCUAAAUGUCGUGUGUGUAUAGCUUUAAAGAGUAUCAAAAUGUAACCUAAAUUUUAACGCUUAAAUCAUGUUCAGCUUAAGAAUGUACUUAUCGAACUUUUCACACAAAAACUAUCGGUUUAGAUUAAAAGAAAAAGUUCUUGAGCAAGUUUUAAAUUAUAGGGUGAUUUAUAAGGCUUGCUAUAAUUACUUUUUAUUCUAGUCAAGUAUAUCUGAUAUCAACAACCUAACGGUUUGCGUCCCAAACAUAAGGAAUGUUUGUCGAAGUCAAUUUGAAAAAAAACUUAAUGGGACUCAUACUAGUUGCACCUAUUAUGUUUUUCCUCUACAUUUAAUAAACAUUUCGCCGUUUCGAUGCAAACUGUUAAGUCUAUACAGCAAUGAUUCGCUGUGAUUUUUCAUAAAUUGUGUGCUUUGGGAACGAAACACCGAACGUUGCUUCGUUGAUAUUUUAGUUGAGAUUUUUAUCUAACACAAGAAUAGAUGUAAAUUAGUUUGUAGAUUGGAAAGUUUCAUUAUAUUGUAUAAUAUGUUAAUCUGUGUGAGAUGUUUUAAAAUUUAUGUUUAAUAAAGAUUAUUCACCUCUCGAA